CCUCUCUCAGGUCACUCCCUCCUCCGUGCUGUCAGCAGCUACGAGCUUCAAACUUGGCAGUCAUUUCCAAUUGCUCCGUUUCCAACCGUCGUUCUCCAGCUCUUUGUUUUUUCUUUCUUUCUACUUUUAAACCAGUUUUUAGGAAUGUGUUAACGUGUGUGUGUGUGUCGCGGCGUUAGUCCACCGGCAGGAAUUAUCGUGUUUUCUUCGCCUUUAGCCGAGGAGCAGCGGUGGGGGGGAAAUGUCCAGCUGAGGACUGGAAAUCCUGAAAACCGCAGGGCCCUGUUUUUGUAAUGAUUGAUCAAAGCUUCGACAAUGGCGCUGAAGGCACAGGUUUUAUAUGACUUCAUUGCUGAGGCUGGAAACAAUGAGUUGACGGUGAAAGAAGGCGAGACAAUCACCAUCACCAAUCAGAAUAUCGGAGGCGGCUGGAUUGAAGCACAGAACUCCAGAGGGGAGGUUGGACUAGUGCCCGAAGACUACAUCGAGCUCAACAAGCAAUUUCCUGCGUUUCAAGGAGCAGGAACCACAGCACCGACUCCAAGCGUAGGAAAUGUUGCAGCUGCGGAUCUGUCCUUCUUUGAUGCAUACGCACCUGCAUCAACACCUGCACAAAACCAGGUGGAUGCUGGGGGCUUGAGUCCCCAGCCGGACACCCCCGACACCCCAGUUUCCCCCUACCUUACGUCCCCUGAUGAGGCCAGUAACGGCAAUGAUCCCUGGUCGGUGUGGAACGCAGACCCCUCUGGGGGCUCCAGCAACAACUGGGCGUCUAAUCCGGAGGGCACCCAGACGGGGAAGAGCGCUGCUGAUCCCUGGGGCUCCGUGUCACAGGGCCACCCUCAGGCUUACCAAGGCCCAGGGGCAGAGGACGAUGAGUGGGAUGAUGAAUGGGACGACAUGAAGUCCACUGGUGGUUACGCCGAGUCAGAAUCUGGAGACGGUGGAGCGUUACAGAGAGGAGGAACUCCCGCAUCUUCAAUGAAAAUCUCCCUCAACAAGUUUCCUGGCUUCUCCAAGUCUGGUCCGGAGCUCUACCUCCUUUGCAAACAGCUCGCCAAGGGCAAAGACAAGCUGGCAAUUUAUAAUGGAGAAGUUGGUCCGGUGUGGUCUUACCCAGAAGCCCAGCUGGACUGCGUGGUAGCUGAUCCCAAGAAAGGCUCAAAGAUGUACGGCCUCAAGAGCUACAUCGAGUACCACAUCACACCCAACACCACAAACCGAACAGUCAAUCACAGAUACAAGCACUUUGAUUGGCUGUAUGAGAGGCUCCUGGACAAAUUCGGCUCAGCCAUCCCCAUCCCCUCUUUACCGGACAAGCAGGUGACGGGCCGUUUUGAGGAAGAGUUCAUUAAGAUGCGUAUGGAGCGGUUGCAGGGUUGGAUGACUAGGAUGUGCAGGCACCCUGUUGUUUCCUCCAGCGAAGUCUUUCAGCUUUUCCUCACCUACAAAGACGAGAAGGACUGGAAGAUGGGGAAGAGAAAAGCAGAGAAAGAUGAGACAGUGGGAGUGAUGAUCUUCUCCACGAUAGAGUCUGAAGGUCAGGACCUGGAGCUGUCAGAAGUGGAUCUGAAAUGUGAGCAGUUCAGCAGGUUUACCAAAGCCAUGGACGACGGGGUGAAGGAAAUCCUCACAGUGGGAAACGAGCACUGGAAGAGAUGUACAGGCCCUUUGCCAAAAGAGUACCAGAGAAUCGGCAAAGCCUUCCAGAACCUUUCCUCUGUCUUCAACAGCAGCGGAUACCAAGGUGAGUCAACCCUGACGGAUGCCAUGACAGCAGCAGGGAAGACGUACGAAGAGAUCGCUCAGAUGGUUGCAGAGCAGCCCAAGAAAGACCUUCACUUCCUCAUGGAGACCAACAAUGAAUACAAGGGCCUUCUUGGAUGCUUCCCGGACACCAUCGGAGUCCAUAAGGCAGCCAUCGACAAGGUGAAGGAGGCUGACAAACUGGUGGCCGCCGGUAAAAUUACCACUCAGGACAAAGUCACCAUGGCCAAACGCGUCAGCACCAUGUCUUACUCAUUACAAGCUGAGAUGAACCACUUCCAUAGCAACCGUAUCUAUGACUACAACCGGGUCAUGCAGCAGUACCUGGAGGAGCAAGUCAAGUUUUACGAGACGAUCGCUGCGAAGCUGAGACAAGCACACAGUCAGUUCACUACGAUGUGAAGAACAACCGCCGGGAGUCUCGCACUACAAGACAAGAAAAGUUAAACCUUCUUUGCUUACGUUUGCAUUAUUUUCCCUCCCUUUAAUUUAAAUUUCACUUCUGUUUCACUGUUACCUCAUGUCCUCUUUUACUGCCAACUGUCCCGGCUCGUCGGUGUUACCUUUGUCCGCUGCUCUCAGGAGUUUAUGAAGUUCGUGAGCAUGAAAAAGCUUUGACACUAGUGGGUUUUAGGGGCAGCAGUGAUAACAGAACGCACCGCAGCAUUUCCACACACACUUCCCUCUGUCCAAGGUUCACAGCUCGUAACGCAGGAACUAAAAGUCACAGCUGUCAUGAAUUCUUUCAUUGCAUGAGUCAAACUCCAACGUUUUCCUGCUUCGGGUGCAACUGUUUAAAAGCAAUAGUCUGCAGUUUUUCAGCCGUUCUUCCAGGAAAGGAUUUACUAAUGUGGCCAAACUAUUAUCUGCACAGAUUAAAUGACACCAAAAGCCAAAGCCAUCCUCAGCCAGGAAGUUCAUUUUAAAUGUAGCUGCAAAAGCAUAUUCAAGCUUUACUUGUUUCUCAGCAAACAUCGGGUUUAUUUGGAUUCGUUUUCCAGCACUGUUAGAAGCAGGCGCAUUCCUUUAUGAAGUCUUGGCAAAAGGUAGAUUUGUGUCCUCUGUGUGUCCACUGCUGGCAGUGCCUGAACCCCCCCUUUCAUCCUGCACUUCCUCAAAAGCUAGCAGGAAGCUCCACCUUUUUCCUGUCCUGCCCCUCCAGGAAAAAUAGAACUAGUUAGUGUAGCGCCCCCAGUGUACAGCCUAUGACACUGCAGUUUACAUUUCAGGAGAAAAGAUGUGGAAGACUGAGGUUGGGUUGCACAUUUAGGAAUCUACAUCCCGCUGCAGACGGUGCCAAAAUAGUUUCCUCUCCCAGUACUCCUGCAAAAUGUUUGUCCUCGUUUGACCAGAUUAUGGUUUUGAUAUGAAGGUAGCGGCAACAUUCACUCGAGGAUUUGUACUAUAAAGAGCUGGAGGAAGAACCUUGAGCGAUGUCUUGUAUGAUGUUUUUCUUUUUUGCUUUUCACCUCCCAGUUUUCAAUCAGUCUCUAAUCUUGUUCACUUUUUUUCAUAUCACUUUUCCCUUAAAAAAUAUCCAUUAAAAUAAAUAUAUAUAUAUAUGUUCUAUUGAACCUAUCAGGUGCUUCUUUCCACUGAGAUACUAUUUUAUGUAUAGAAGUAUUUGCAAUGUGGUGAGCAGAAAUUCUGUUUGAUUUAUUAAACAAUGAUUUGUACUCA